UGACUACGUAUAUAAACUCCCGCCAGCGCGGGAUCCUCACACGCACAUCAUGAAGUCCUUCCUGGCUGUAGUUGUCGUUUUGGCGGUCUUUGCUUCUAUCGAGGCAGCGCUGGACAGAGCCCAGUCCCUCGCUUUGGCCAAGAAAUGCGCAAUGAAGACUGGUGCCAAAGAAAACCCUGAGGAACUUCUAGACAAGCAGCUUAUUCCCGAGACCCGUGAAGGAAAGUGUAUGUUCGCUUGUGUGCUGAAGGAGAAGGGACUGAUGAAGAACGGUAAGGUUGAUGGGAAGGCAAUAAGCGAUUUCUUCGAGAAGACUUACUCCGACGACCCAGAGAAACUGGAGCAGGCCGCCGCAGCUGUGGGCAAGUGUAGCACAUUAGAUGUCAGUGGCAAGGAUGAGUGCGAGGUGGCGGUGGCAUACGCCAAGUGUGGAAAAGCAGAAGGCUUCAGGCUGGAGUAGGAGUUACGUGACCCAAGAUAAUGCUGUGAUGUAAAUAAACAAUGACAUGUAAAAAGUGCAAUUACAAAUGUUAACACCAAAAUACAAAAUUUUCUGUCGAUUCUUUA